AUGAAGCGUCUGUCUGCUCGCCUUUCGCCCUCGGCUUCGGCCGCGGCGUUGGGCGUUCGCGUCUCCUCGCGCCACCUCCACCUCGCCCGCACCGCGCAGGUGCAGUCCUCCUCCCUGCUGCCCCGCGCUCCGAUAACCUCCUCGCUCCGGUCCUUCCGCACUUCGCCUUCCCUCCGCCAGGACGACGAUCCUCGUAAGCAGCCGCGUGAGUCGGACAACGUCGACGUGCUCAUCAUCGGCGCUGGUCCCGCCGGUCUCUCGGCGGCCAUCAGGCUUAAGCAGCUGGCCAACGAGCAGGGCAAGGAGAUUCGCGUCGUGGUGCUCGAGAAGGGCGCUGAAGUCGGCGCGCACACUCUGUCCGGCGCUGUGAUCGAGCCGCGGGCCCUCAACGAGCUCAUCCCCUACUGGAAGGACAAGGGCGCGCCCAUCUACACCGAGGCCACCGAAGACCACUUCGUGUUCCUGGGCGAGGGCUUCCACGUCCGGCUCCCUACCCCUCCCCAGAUGCACAACAAGGGCAACUACGUUGUGAGCCUGGGCAACGUGGUGCGAUGGCUGGGCGAGCAGGCCACUGAGCUGGGCGUCGAGAUCUACCCAGCCACCCCCGCCGCCGAGGUCCUUUACAACGAGGACGGCAGCGUCAAGGGCGUGGCCACGGUCGACAUGGGCGUGUCCAAGACCGGCGAGCCCAAGGACUCGUUCACGCGCGGCUUUGAGCUGCACGCGCGAGUGACGAUGUUCGGCGAGGGCUGCCGCGGCUCGCUCACCAAGAGCGUGGACAAGAAGCUCGGCCUCUGGAAGGAGUCGAUGGCCGGCUUCCAGACCUACGGACUGGGCAUCAAGGAGCUGUGGCAAGUCGACCCCAAGAAGCACAAGCCCGGCAAAAUCGUCCACACCAUUGGCUGGCCGAUGGACUUCUCGACCUACGGCGGCUCGUUCCUGUACCACCUGGAGAACAACUACGUCGCCGUGGGCUACGUCGUGGGUCUCGACUACACCAACCCCUACCUCAACCCCUACCGCGAGUUCCAGAGGUGGAAGCACCACCCGUUCGUGAAGGACACGUUCGAGGGCGGCCAGUGCAUCUCGUACGGCGCCCGCGCGCUGGUGGAGGGCGGCAUCCAGUCCGUCCCUCGCCUCGCGUUCCCCGGUGGUCUCCUCCUCGGCGACUCGGCCGGCUUCAUCAACCUGCCCAAGAUCAAGGGCUCCCACAACGCCAUGAAGUCCGGAAUGGUGGCGGCUGAGACGGUGUUCGAGGCGCUGGACCAGGAGGAGCACACGAUCGACCCCAAGGCCUACCCCGACCGCAUCAAGUCCUCGUGGCUCUGGGAGGACCUCCACAAGGUGCGCAAUAUCAGGCCGUACAUGGCCAAGGGCUUGGUGCCCGGCCUGGCGCUGUCGGCCGUCGACACCUACGUUUUCCGCGGAAACGCGCCCUGGACGCUCAACCACCACAAGCCCGACCACGAGGCCACCAAGCCCGCCAAGGAGUGCAAGCCCAUCGAGUACCCGGCGCCGGACGGCAAGCUGAGCUUCAACCUGCUCGAGAACGUCGCCAGGAGCGGCACCAACCACGGCCACGACCAGCUGUGCCACCUCACUCUCAAGGACUCCACUGUGCCCGAGAAGAUCAAUCUUCCAGUGUAUGCUGCGCCCGAGAGUCGGUAUUGCCCUGCGGGAGUAUACGAGUAUGUAGACAGCAAGCUGGUGAUCAACUACCAGAACUGCGUGCACUGCAAGACGUGCGACAUCAAGGACCCCACGCAGAACAUCAACUGGGUGGUGCCCGAGAGCGGUGGCCCUCUCUACUCCUACAUGUAA